AUGCGUUUGUUACUCGUAAUUCUUCUAUUCUUAAUUGUGGGUUCUCAUGCUUUGUCGCAAACUGAUUGCGAAAAUGGAUGCUCAGCCUUAAAUGCUCCAGAUGUUGAUGAGUGUGCCCAAGAAUGCCUAAUUGCUGGCUCCGCCAAAAAACUCAAUCGUCGUGGAGGUUCAAAUUGUUGCGAAAAGUAUCGCGGAUGGGGCUUUGUUAAUGAAAACGAUAUAGUUAGAGCAUGUUACGAUCGUUUUGCCCGGGGAGAAAACGAACCUUGUAAGGGCACUACUUGUAUUAAACCUUGCGGUCUUGAUAAGGGAUGUUAUGGAAAAUGUGCGGCCGCCGCUUUUUCUUGUGGCUGGU